GAACAAAUUAAAAUGAAUUAUGGAAACUAAAUGUCAUGAAAUUAAUUUAAAGAGCUAAAGAGGUUAAAUUAGCGACGAAAAACGCAGACAAUAAACAACAAAUAAAUAAAUUCAAUUUAAUUCAUUUAUCAGCCUUUUCCUAUUAUCAUGCGUUGUAUGUCCGCAAUCGAUCCCAUCGCCGUUUCAAAUACAUACACUCUCUAUAAAGCUGUGUUUUGGAUACCGACAGGCCUCAUUAAUCAAUGGCGGAUAGAGUGCUCACCGUCGCGCAGGACGGAUCCGGUGACCACACCACUGUGCAGGAAGCAAUAGAUGCCGUGCCUCUCUGCAAUACUUGCCGGACGGUUAUCCGUGUGGCGCCUGGGGUGUACAGGCAGCCUGUUUAUGUGCCUAAGACUAAGAACUUCAUUACCGUCGCGGGUUUAAGUCCCGAGGAUACUGUCCUCACCUGGAACAAUACCGCUACCAAAAUCGAACACCACCAGGCGUCUAGGGUGAUUGGGACGGGGACGUUUGGGUGUGGGAGUGUGAUAGUGGAAGGGGAAGAUUUUAUUGCUGAGAACAUCACUUUUGAGAACUCUUCUCCUGAGGGUUCAGGUCAAGCAGUGGCAAUCCGGGUGACAGCUGAUCGGUGUGCCUUCUAUAAUUGUAGGUUUCUAGGGUGGCAGGAUACUCUGUAUCUUCACUAUGGAAAACAGUAUCUGAAAGAUUGCUAUAUUGAAGGAAGUGUGGACUUCAUUUUUGGGAACAGCACCGCCCUCUUGGAGCAUUGUCAUAUCCACUGCAAGUCUGCAGGUUUCAUAACUGCACAAAGCAGAAAAUCUUCUCAGGAGUCAACUGGUUAUGUGUUCUUGAGAUGUGUGAUCACAGGUAAUGGAGGGACUUCAUAUGCAUAUCUUGGACGGCCAUGGGGACCCUUUGGAAGGGUGGUCUUUGCAUAUACAUAUAUGGAUCAAUGUGUCAGACAUGUAGGCUGGAAUAACUGGGGCAAAGCUGAGAAUGAGAGAAGUGCUUGCUUUUAUGAGUACAGGUGUUAUGGACCAGGUAGUUGCCCGUCAAAGCGAGUGACAUGGGCCAGAGAACUGAUGGAAGAAGAAGCAGGACAGUUUCUCAUUCAUCUUUUCAUUGACCCUGAUCCAGAAAGGCCAUGGCUUGCUGAAAGAAUGGCCCAGAGGAUACCAUAUUCUGCGUAGAAGCUAUAACUUUAGCUGAUAAAUUAGCCAACAAUCUCAGACAGAAGCUUCCUGCAAAUAAAUUGAGAGUAGCUUUCUUUUUUGUACUGAAGCAUUCCAAGCUCUAAAUAUCUUAUUAUGCAUCUUAAGAUCGACUAGUUUUAUUCCAAGGUAUUUCUUUGUUCAAGUGUUUGAUGUCUCGACAAUGUUAUCAUUUUAGCAAUUUAUGAGUGAUAAAUAAUAAAUAAAUUUUCAUUUGCUGAA